ACAACAACAACAACAACAAAUAAAUAGUAAUACGCUUUAUAAAUAAACCUCAAGGUAAUAAACAACCAUAAUCCAGGAUACUGAUACAUCUUUAGCUCUAUUGAACGUAUAAAUAGAUUAAACCUUUAAGCUUCGUGUUAAUAUUCCGAAAUUGGGUAAUUGACUACAUGACAAAAGUGUAAUGUUGCACUAAAAUAGAGCUGUCUUUUGGUUUAAUUAUGUCUCUCUCCUUCUCUUCUCUUUUCUUUUUCUUUUUUUCCCUUGUAAACCGCCAACUAUGACAGAAAAGGCCUCGACCACAGUCGGUCGUGCUUCCUCUGUAAAAAGAAAGUCCAUUCUUUCAGAACUCGGCAUCAAGCCGGGUGCAGAGCCUGUUAGUCCAAAACCUACCACACGAACUUCACCUACAUCAACAGCAAGUAAGACCAAGACGGCAACUAGACCUUCUACAGUACCUUCUGCCACUCGACCAAGCAAGACACCUGUCACUCGAAAGGCACCACCUGCCGCCAUCAAGACAGAUCGUACCACCCCAACUUCAAGUGCAGCCUCAUCGCCAACUGUUACUAAACGUAGGUCCAUUGUGCCCUCAUCGACUGCAUCUAAUAGACCGCCCAACUCGCCUCUGGCCCGUAGGUCGUCUGUUAAUCACUCACCAAGCACAAGUAAUGCUGCCAAACGCAUGUCCACACCAGUCGGCUUGGCAGAAUUAACCAUCAAGGAGAAGGUGCCUGAGCAGGAGGAACUACUUGAACAGAAAGAAAAGGAGAUUGAAAAUUUAAAACAAGAGCACAAGCAGAGUGUAUCAAAGCUACAAGAGGAAAUAGACGAAUUAAAGAAGCAAUUGGAGUCUAACAAGACAAAGGAUGAAGCAGAAAACAAUGAUAAAGAUUCAAUAGAGAAAGCUGUACAAGAAGUCAAAGCUAAAUUAAAACAAGAAUAUCAAGAAGAAAUGGAAAAGGUGCUGGAAGAACAAGAGAAAAAGCUUAGAUCAGAGAUGGCAAUAACCAAAGCAGAAUAUGAGGAGAAAAUCCAUACGAUGCAGUCAAAGCAGACUGAUAUCACAAAGCAACUUGAUUUUAUAAAGGCUGAAAAUAUUGAAUUAAAAGCUCAGCUGCAAAAGGAAAAAGAGGAACAUAAAGAGAAUGGUGACAGACAUGCGUCAGAGAUAGCCGAGUUAAAUGAGAAGAUCACAAGUUUGGAGAAAUCACAAACAAAUAGCCAUAUCCGAAAGGUAGAAAGCGAACUAGCAAACGCUAAAUUGACUUUAGAGGAGUUCAAAAGACAGUCUCAACUUCAUGUUGACGCCCUUGAACAACGUCAUAGGGAAGAAAUCAGGCAGCUUCAAAGCGGCACUGAUGAUACAGCCAUGGCUUGGUUAGAAAAAACAAAGGCAACGCAACAAGAGGUUCACGCAUUACACGAUGAGUUACAGAGAAAAGAAGCAGCACAUAAUGAAUCGCUUACAGCUGUCAAAGAACAAUAUGAGAAUGAAAUAGAGUUGUUGAAGCAGACGUGCGAUAAAAAGGAAACGGAAAUUGAAGAGCGAUCAGCACAGAUCGAGAGUCUUUUGUUCCAGGUGGAGACCUUGCAGAAUUCAUUAGAAGCGGCUACCGUUCGCUUCGAGCAUACGGCUAAAGCAACCCCAAGCUCCUCAAGUAAUCAAGAUGAUAUCAACACAAAGUCUCAUGACACAAGCCAUGAACAGUGUGUCAAACGGUACGAGGCAAAGCAAAAGGAGCUGGAUGAUUUGAAAGUUCGAUUGGCCGAGAUUAAAGAAACACAUGAAAGUCAGUUGAAUAGGCUAGGUCAGGAAAAGGCAAAUGCUAUUCAGGAGCUUCGAAAGACAAUUGCUCAAUUAGAGCAGCAGCAAAAGUCAAGUGGUUCAGGUAGUGUUAGUGAAGAGAGAUUGAUUCAAAUAGCCGAGCAACACAAGAAAGAAAUUCAAGCCAUGCAUGAGCAAUACCAGCAUACGAUUGACGCCAAAAACAAAGAAUUGGAAGACUACGCUUAUCGAGUAAAGGCACUAGUAGCUUCUAAGCAAAAAGAACUUGAAAAACUACAGAUUGAAAAGAAAAUGGAACAAGAGAAAUAUGACAGAGAAGUUGAAGGAUACGAGAUUAAAAUGAAAGAGUUGGAGAAGCAAAUUUACAGGUGCCAAGAAAGAGCAAACCAUUGGGAAAUACUUCAUAACAAUAGCCAAGCGCUCAUUGAAGACAUGAAGAAGGAUUGCUUAGCUCAUCGUGAUGAAAAUGAGCAACUUAUAAAGUUGGCGAAUCGAUUACAAUUGGAGCUGCAAAAAGGAGGAACCCAUACCUAAACUUAUAUCCCAAAUAAAAAAAAGAAUGGAUCUUGUUAUCCCUCAUCUUUAACAUAAAGUAUACUUUGAGAAAGAUAUGUUGACUACUCAUGUCUUAUAAAAUGAGCAUAAUAUGAAGAGAAAACUAUUCAAUGAAUGAUUAUCAUUGGACUACUUU